AUGGGGAGGAACUGGGACAGAAAGGAAGAGGGGGAGCUGUGGGUGAAGGGGAACCCAAGGGAAGACACAGAAGCAGUGCAGGGCCAGCGGCCUGAAGUAGGGGACCUGCCUGCUGGAGCUACACAAAUAGCAGCAUCUGUCCUCACCACGCAACCUGCAUUCCACCCUCCCUCAAACCCUGCAAGUCCUUGCACACAACUCAACACAGCCCUAAAAGCCAUGGUCACCUCCUCAUUUUCCGGAAGUGGAAACGAGCAUGGUCAGUCACGGGAAUUACAGAGGGAGGUCAUAGAGCCCACAUGUCCUAGACAUGAAAAUGAAGAUAAAAAUAUGAAGGAAAAAGAGCCAUGUGAAUUAGAACCUGAGAAAGCAGGAAAGGAUCCACAUUCAAACCAUCCCUUGAAGGUAUCUGUGUGUGACUUUGCAGGGACACCUGGAAAGAUUCAGAUGACCAGAGACCACCAAGAUAGAAGGAGCAUUCCAGAUGAAAAGCAGAAAGUCAUGACUGACAUCAUCCAGGUGAAACUCUGUCCUGAGGACAGGAGGCUGGCCAGGUACUCCCAAGGCCAGACAGGGUAUGUGAAGGCUUUGGAGGUGAUUAAAGAAACCCCAGACCCUGGGGCCUUGAGGUCAAGUUCCCUCUCAGAGGAGAUGUAUGAUGAUGUGGAGUCCCCCAGGACAGAUGUACCAAAGUUGGACUUGUCUAGCUCACUUGCCUCUGAUAGUGAAAAUAGUGAAGAAAUGUAUGAAGAUAUCUACAAAACAAAGAGCAACCACCCCAAAGUAGAUUUAGAUGGAAAAGAAACACUCAGACGACUACAGCGAUUUAAAAAAGAAAAAGACAGAUUUAAAAUGAAGAAAACCAAGUCAAAAGAAAAUGUAAGGCCUUUGUCCAUUUCCCUGCCAGACUUAGAACCUAAGUCUCAGGAAGUUAUUAUCUAUGAUGAUGUGGACAUGAGUGAAAAAGAGCCAAAAGAUGAAGAUAAAGUGAAAACUUGGAGGCCCAAAUUUUUGAUACCAAAGGAAAAAAAAGAGAAAAAAGGUACAGAAGGAUCAGCAAGCUUUUCUCCUAGAAAUUUCUUCAGAACCAAGAAGCAAAACUUAAAAAAGAAUAGAGUGGAAAAAGAAGAAAAACUUUUUAGAGAAAGAUUCCAGUAUGACAAGGAGAUUAUCAUCAUCAACAGAGCAGUGGCAUGUUCCAACAACUCAAGAAAUGGAAUAUUUGACUUGCCAAUAACACCUGGAGAAGAACUGGAGGUCAUUGAUACCACUGAGCAAAAUCUAGUCAUAUGUCGUAACUCUAAAGGCAAAUAUGGAUAUGUACUCAUUGAACACCUACAUUUCAAGUAA